AUGCUGAUUCGGCGCUUCCUCCCAAUUCUCCUUUGGCUUGGCCUUCCCCUAAUCUCUGCUUACGACCGAAUCCCCGCUAACGACACUGCUCCUUGCCCCGACCCGUCCGAUAUCGUUUACUCCCCGUUUGCCCCAUGGUUUGCCUUCUACUCAGGUGGCCCCCGUUCAUCGUUCUGCUGGAAAGCUGCUAUCUGCACACUUGAACCCGCCGAUGAGGCUCGAAAACAGCAGUUCGGUGCCACAGCAUUGGUUAUGGGUCUACUUCCCCUUACGUUGCGCGACCUUGCUUGGCCGGAGCGGAGACUCGUAUUGGUUUCGGCGCCGUUGCCGCACGCCGCCGCGGUCAUCGUGAGAGCACUGGGCCUGGAACCAAUGGUCAAAGGAGAACUGACGACUUGGGGAGAAGAGGAUGUGCAACGAUGGAUGACGUGGGUGCGUGGCAGCUGGGUCGCUGGACUUGGUCUCCGGUCCAAAUCCGCGAUGAGGAUCCUACUUGCAACAAGUUUCGCAAUGGUGGUAGUGACUUAUGGGGCGCUUGCAUUGGUGGAGUUGUAUUCAAAGGGUAGCGCGCUGGGCUGUACGUAUCCAAUUUUCGCACUGACCUGGUGCAUUGUUGGGGUUCUUCCAGCGACCGUGCAUACCGUAUUCGAAGGUUGGCGACGACGCAAGGAUAUCAAGGGGCAAAUCCAAACCGGGAGGCCUUCUGCGGUUCAGGGCGUCGAUGAGGCAUGGCCCGUCCAGCUCUCAUGGGCGAUUUUCUACAUUGCCGGGACGCUAGUAUACACCUCGAUCAUGGCAGUGACAGUUGUGGAGCUUUUUGUGUGGGUUGUUAUUCAGCUUUCGGUGACCGCGGCGAGCAAGCUCCUCGCUCUCUAUGUCUGCUUGUCACUGCGAGACCCUACAGCAAAUGACGCGAUAUUCGAUCCUUCAGCGGUUCCUGAGAAUGGCAGCCCACUGAAAGCUGUCAAAUAG